AUGUUUCCUUGGUCAGCAGUCUUCUCCCUGGAGCCCAAAGUGGCGGGUCAGCGUACCAGCGAGGAGCUGGUGACCAACACACUGAUGCUGGAGCUUGGUGCCAUGGUCAAGCGCACUGAGCGAAUCCAGCUGGAGCAGGCUGCCGAGGGCCGGCGGCGACGCCAGAGUGGGAGUUGUAGUUCCACUUCGGGGGUGGACUACAGCUGGCUGGCCGACGUUCCUAACCCAGAACCCUACCAGCUGACUCCCGAUGACCUGCUGGAGCUGCAGGACCUCUGCGCCAAGGUGCCGCCAGCUCAGUGCGGGCCAGUUAUAGUCAGGUUCAGGCGGUUGCUGUCUCAGAUGCAGCCCGAAGUCUAUGAGGUCCCACGUCUGUUUCGCUCAGUACUCCACGACUGCUUGGAGGAGAUGAGAGGAGAAAGAGCAGAUGUACAUCACAACAUGCAGAUGAAGCAGCAGCGCAGCAAAAGCCUCUCCUUCGUCACUUUCCGCAGCAAGUUCCGAACGGGCUACUUCCAUGGGGGAAGCGGUCUGAGGGGAUCCAGGGCAGACAUGCGUCAGCAGGUGGAUUGGUCAGAUGAUGAGGGGGACGAGGAAGAGGGACGUGAGGAAGAGGCCAUUAGGGCCCGUGUCAGGAAGGGGAGGAGCAGCAGCAUGCCAGAUAUCACACCUUUGGAACAAAGUGCGCAUGGGUGA